ACAGCUCGCUAGGGCCAAAACACUUAAAACCACAUUGAAUUCCCUUGUUAAUUAGUUUCGACAAGCACUUUAAUAAUGUCCCAAAAAGAUGAAAAUGUAGUUUCCAUGAAGAAGGAGCUGUCCAUGACGAAAGUUGCGAAAAGAGGAGGUGGACAAGCAAGCGGAGGAGACCAAGGCCAACCUGCAGAAAUCACCACCACGGAGCAAACUUCAGAGGAGGCGAUUACAAUCCAUGAGGAGGUAAUAAGAACCAGUAGGGGGGAGAAACUAAAGAAAAUGAGGGAUGCAUUGGCAGAAGCAGCUCAAAAGCAAAAUGCCGAACCAAAGAUCCAAAGGGUUCCCUUCAUGCUCCGUGAUCACAAAAAUUUAGACAAGUACUACGAGCCAAGGGUGGUAGCACUCGGUCCUCGCCACCAUGGUAAAGAAAAGUACAAGCAGGCAGAGAAAGUCAAGCUUCAAUUGACAGAACACUUUAUCAAAGAUAGUGAGCAGACUAAUAACGAUGAAACGUUGCUCAAGAACGUUGAGGACAAGAUUAAGGAGCUAAGGGAGUGCUAUGAUGACGAAGCAACAAAGGACCACGAUGAUGAGGCCCUCGCGUGGAUGCUGUUCGUUGAUGGGUGUUCGACGUUGGAAUUCAUGUACAAAUAUAAGGAGUUGGAAGCUUUUAAGAUCAAGAGAGACCAAGUGGCAUUUGUAGAACAGGACAUGUUCCUGCUAGAAAACCAACUCCCCUAUCAACUCCUCGAGUUGCUGAUCAGCUCAAGCAACAAACGUGUGGACUUGGAAGCCUCAAUCGAGGAAUUUGUCAAGAUGCAUGGUGGAGCACCAGUAGUUCAAGGCCCUGCCGUGGAAAGAAAGCCAACUCAUCUUCUUGACCUUCUUCGGACAAGAAUGGUAGGACGUCCACCUAGCCUGAGUACAGAACCAGGAUGUACUCAUCAUAUUCUUGACCUUCGGCCAAUGGUAGGACCUCGACCUAGCCAGAGUACAAAACCAGGAUGUACUCAUCGUCUUCUUGACCUUCUUCAGACAAUGGUAGGACCUCGACCUAGCGCCUUGCUUCAUUCUUUUCGCAACGUACAAGAGCUUCAGGCAGCCGGUAUCCAUUUUAGGCCUAGUGAGAAAAACUCAUUGAUGGACAUAUAUUUUAAGCCUCUGUUUCUAUGCUGUGGAUUCCUUUAUCUUCCCAUAAUAAAAGUUGACGACUCGAUGGGGCCUAAGUUCAUGAACAUCAUAGCCUACGAAAUGUGUCCUGAUUUCCAGAACGAUUUUGUGGUCACCUCUUACAUAGGCUUCCUCGAUUCGCUCAUUGAUCAUGCAGACGAUGUGAAGCACUUGAGGAAAAAGGGCAUAGUUCAAAACUUGCUUGGGAGUGAUCAGGAGGUGGCUGAACUCUUCAACGAGAUAAGCACUGACUUGGUCCCUAACGAUGCGAUUUACCGAAAUGUUACAGCACAGAUAGAAUAUCACUACAAAACCAAGUGGAAGACAUGGAUGGCUCAAUUCUUUCAUGACCAUUUCAAUAGUCCCUGGACUUUCUUGGGUUUCAUUGGCGUUCUACUAGGACUUGGCUUGAGCGGUAUGCAGACGUGGUAUGCAGCCUUUUCCGAUCCCUGUCCAUGUGAUGCCGUAUGCAAGUACCUGAAAACACACCCCGGCUGAGAGAUUCGAGUACAUAUCAACUGCCUGCUACCUCUGCAGUUUUUCACAAGUCAUAGUUUCUCAACAGUCCUUUCUACUGUACGCAAGUGUGACGACUACAAUAAGUGAAUUAUAUUAUUUUGUUGUUGUUGGAAAUAAGUGAUUUAAAAUGUACGUGUGCGCGCUUUGUUCUUACUGUAUUGACGGAAACUUUUUUCAGAUUGUAUUUUUGGAACUCUAUUUCAAUCUCACUUUUGCUAUGUAAAACUUAAAUU